AUGAGCGCAGUCAUGCCGAUCUUUGAUCUGGCUACCCUUCAUAAGGCGUGGGAGAUUCUGAACACCAUCUACCGAUAUCGCAUGCCCGUCCCAGCAUCGCUAGUGGAUCGGAGCGACGAGGGGACUCUGAAGUUCCUAUCCCUGAUCUACACUCGCGUGAGAGCAGGCAAAUCAGUCUCCUUGAUCCUACCAGCUUUCCCGUUCAAGUCACCUAAUCGAAAAGAGAAAGUUCUUGGGUCUUUACCAGACAAAGGGGAGGAUCUUGCCUUGGCCCAUCUCAACGGACUAUGCGCGGCGAUCGCGGACAUUUACGAACCAGGGGCUAGGUUGACCAUCGCUUCCGACGGUCUGGUGUACAAUGACCUGCUAGGUGUUCCCGACGCGGAGGUCUAUACGUAUGGCGAGGCGCUGCGGAAAAUGGUCCAGUCGCAGGGCUACCGACACCUCCAGUUCAUUCGUCUGCGGGACCUCGUCCACUGGAAGAUCGACACUCCCCUCGACGUUACCACCUACGAACAGCUGGCAGGCGCCUUUCGUCAGCGGUUGAUCGACAAUUUCACCCCCUUGGAUUACGACUGUGCCGAGAGUAUCAAGGCCGACGAAGAUGUGUGCACCACCUACCGAGGAUAUAUCAAGUUUCUGGCCAAGGAUUUGGAACAUACCUUUGUGGAAGCGGGCGAGGUGUCCAAGAAGUCUUACAAACAGAAGCUCGAGGGUAUUGCUAAGCAGAUGAUCGCUCGUGGAAAGGCAUUUGCAGAGGCGAUCAAGAAGAACUACCCGGACCAUGUUCGUCUGUCGAUUCACCCGUCAUGCGGCUCAGCCAAAAUCUCCGUUCAGGUCUUGCCUCUGGCUCGUCAUUGUGUGACACCCUGGCACUCAACGCCGUGCUUCACCCUCGACGGCCGCGUGGAAUAUGGCCUACGCGAGUCAUUCGACCACAACCCCGAUGUUGAGUUGGUUCACAAGGCAGGACAGCCGUGGCUUUACCGCUACAAGUCAGAACUAUAUUCCUGGCCACAACCCGUGAAAAUCGAGCCUCAGUACCCUUGUGGCCUGAUCAUUCGACCUACGCAACCCGUGUCUUGUGCAGAAGUGGACAUGCAUAAGCUUCGCGCUCUGGCAGAAGAAAACUCCCCUGUUAUUUUACGGGGGUUCCAGGACACACGCGACCGGGAGCUUUUCGUCAAAAAGGCCGAGGAGAUGGGUAACCCCGUUGGGUGGAAAUUCGGUCUCAUCCUCGAGGUGAAGGACCACGGCACAGACACGCAGGGCCUGAACAAUGUUUUGUCGUCGGAGUGGAUGCCGUUCCACUACGAUGGCCUGUUCAAGAUUGUCAAGAUGAAAAAUGCAGAUGGGCAGGAAGUUGUUAGGUCCUGUCCUCCGAAAUUCCAAUUCUUCACGGGAAUGACCCCCUCGCCCAAAGACACCGGAUUCACCCUCUUCUCCCCCUCCCACCUGGUCUGGCACUAUCUACCAUCUGAAUACUCGGUCGAACACCUGCGCACUCUGUCCUGGACGGUCGAAACUGUCUCCUUCGACCACACCAAGAUCACCGAUCUCCCUCUCGUGGUGGACCACUUCGCACACCAGCGUCCCUGUCUCCGCUACCACGAGCCGUGGCCGCAGGAGAAGACGGUCUUUGAGCCAACCAAAAUUACCAUCCAGGGUGUGCCCAACUCGGAGGAACUGUGCCAAACCCUCGAUAGCCUGCUGCACGAUCGUCGCGUGGCCUACUGGCAUUGUUGGGAGAAAGGCGACUGGUUGAUCAGCGAUAAUGUGACGACGAUGCAUACGCGCAGCUCGUUUACGGGCAAGUCGGACCGGUGUCUGCGGCGGAUUCACGUCGACUAG